GCAACCAAACAUCUGGCAAAUAUAGUAAAAGGGAUAUUCUGGUAGGACGUAUGCCUACCAUUAGUUCUGAAUACUGGUGAGGUUUUGAGGGCGAAAUGGCCGUGGUGAUUGGAAUCGCUUUCAGCGUUUCUUGGCUUUGUUGCCUGCUAAUUGGAGGGUUAACGUUUUCUACAUCAGAAGGUGAUUGGUCUCCUGCACUGGAUUCUAAUGCAGCAUGGCUCUAUGCAGGAUCACUUCGGUCUCUAGGAUAUGGCAAUUAUAAAUCUCAAAUGCAAGCGCAACAGAAACAUCCGGCUGCCAUCCUGCGGAAGGAACUGGCCCCCAUGCAACCUCAGCAAGUGUGGUAUCCAGUUCAAAUGCCCCUGCAUCAGAAGCAACUGGCCGCAGAAGCUCAGCAGCAGAGGCAACCGACAACUGUGCCCCAGCAAGUGUGGCAUCCUCCUCAAAUGGCCCUGCAGCAGAGGCAAACGACCGCCGUGCCCCAGCAAUUGUGGCAUCCUCCUCAAAUGGCCCUGCAGCAGAAGCAACCAACCGCCGUGCCCCAGCAAGUAUGGCAUCCUUCUCAAAUGCCACUGCAAACAACCACUGUGCCCCAGCAAGUGUGGCAUCCUCCUCAAAUGCCCCUGCAGCAUAUUCAACCGACCGGCGUGCCCCAGCAAGUGUGGCUUCCUCCUCAAUUGCCCCUGCAGCAGAACAGAAGCAACUGA